AUGACAGACUACGCACAAGAAUUCACCGAAAUGACGGAGGUCGCUAAGACUAUGAUACCGCUGAUGAGGGACAUGGAUGACAGAGGCAUCACCGAAAAGUGGAUAAAUCGAGCAAAGGCUCUGCAGAGCAGGGACGUGAACGUGUUGAAACACCGGAACAAUUUCAUGAAAUAUUUCAUGGGAGUCGUCAGGCGGACGAUUGCCGAGACCGGACAAUUUCCGACUUGCUGCAAUUGGGGAAAACCCGAGCCCGGACCUUUCGAUAAGCCAAUUCCUCCACCUAAACCUCUUCCAUAUCAAUGCCACUGGACGCCGGACAAACGGACCUACGUGGCCAUUCAACCGCUGCCAAACCGGGGUGCUAUGGUCUACAUGGCUGUGGCCGAAAAACCGGAACUCGGUUGGGAUUUCCCCAAAAAAGAAACGUCAUAGUGUUGGUUAUGUGCCUGUAAUAAACUAAUAUAAUAUACUAAAUGUGUUGUGUAUCUAAUACGUUGUAUGAGAAAUAAUAUUGUUAUUCCCAAACGGUUUAAAAUACGAUGUUUCUAUUUAUUUUUCCAUAAAGAAACUAAUUUUUUUCAAAUUUACAAUCAAUUAAGAAAAAAAUCGCAAUGAUUUAAAAUCAUUCACAGUAUAAUUACUUACCUAUACAUGUAUUGUAAAUAGCUAAUUACAACAAUCUCUCUAACAAAAAAAAAAAAAAAAAAUACUAUAAACAACUAAUGAUGGAAACAUUUUCGUAUAACAAAAUUUACUAUAAAAAAACUUAAAAAUAUUUAACGAAAUUGGUCUUGAUACAUUAUUGGCGAGAUUACUCAUUAGGUAUGUAUAGGUGAUUCGCAUAUAUAAAUGUAAUUGUGUUUCACUAUUACACAUAUCGGCAUGCACUGUUAUACCUUCCCAAUUUUAAUUUCUUCUCAUGACCUAUAUAAUUUAUCGAUUCAUUUUAUGUGAAAGCAUCAUAUAUUUUGAAGAAUAAACUAAUUGAUUGCAUAUGGCUUAACGUCGAUAUAAAUUAGUUUGCAUCCAAAAACCUCACACUUUUCAUUUCGACCCCAAUAAGGCCGAUAGACAAAAACCGCUGCACACUUUGUCGGUCACUUUUAUUCUGGGUUGCACAAACAAUUUAUUAAAUUUAAUGGUUCACUAAAAACGUAAUGGACCAAUCCUGGGCCUCUAAAUCUUAUUUAAGGGACCAUUAGCUCACUAUUGAAUCAUUAAAAUCGCACACUAUUUGUUCUACUAAAUAAUGGAUAAGAUAGUAAGAUACUAUAUAUUUAUACAAUAAUCAUGUGAACACGUUUUAAGUCUUAAUUCUUUAGUCACGUAUU